AUGAGCGAAGACACGGAGGUCGUGCUGCGCGGCACGAAGCGAGGCAUCAAAUCGCGCCAGGCGCAGAUGCUUGUGAUAGGCGGUACUAUUGGCACCGGUCUCUUCGUAGGCACGGGACAGGCAUUGGCGAUUUCAGGCCCUGCUUUUCUCUUCGUCUCUUACAUAGUGAUCUGCUUCCUCGUCCACGGCAUCGUCACAGCCAUGGCCGAGGUUGGCGCCUACCUACCGGCACAAGGUAUGUCUGUGGCGUACUAUGGGAACCGAAUUGUAAGCCCUAGCCUUGGGUUUGCGUUGGGGUGGAUGUAUUGGUACAUUUGGGGCUUAAGCGUCGCCUACGAGAUCACCGCCGCCGCUGUCGUCAUCAACUACUGGCCUAACACGGUACCGGUCGCGGUAUGGAUUACCAUCAUGCUAGUCGUCAUCGUGGCCCUGAAUUUCUUCCCCGUGAAAGUCUAUGGGGAAUCGGAGUUCUGGUUUGCUUCGAUCAAGGUCUUCGCAAUCAUUGGCCUCUUGAUCCUAUCCGUGGUCUUGUUCUUUGGCGGCGGACCAGAUCACACGCGCUUAGGUUUUUGGUAUUGGCAAAACCCUGGAGCGACUAAGGAGUACCUUGUGGAUGGCGCUGGUGGGCGUUUCUGCGCCUUUUUGUUCACCCUCAUCUACUCGUGCUUUAGUUUCAACUUCAGUCCCGAGUUGAUUAUUAUCGCGGCGGGCGAGAUGAAAUCUCCCCGUAAAAAUCUUCCGAGGGCCGCAUUACACUUCGUUUGGCGGCUGGCAGUGUUUUAUGUUCUCGGGGCCCUUGCUAUUAGCGUCAUAUGUCGAAGUGACGAGCCUGCGCUUACAAAUGGCGGUACAGGCGCUGCUUCAUCCCCUUGGGUUAUAGCUAUCGAAAAGGCCGGGAUCCAUGGACUAGACAGUGUCAUCAAUGCUGUCAUUAUUACUUCGGCCUGGUCGAGUGGAAACUCGGUGUUAUACAUGUCCAGCCGCUCUCUAUACUCACUUGCCGUAGCAGGGAACGCACCCCAGAUAUUUCUUCGUUGCAACAAGCACGGCGUACCCGUUUACGCCGUGAUUGCGUCGAGCUUAUUAUCCCUAUUCGCGUUCCUAAAUAUCGGCACAGUCAGUGGCAUUGUGUUCAACUGGUUCGUCAGUAUUAUCAACACGGCGGCAUUCAUCAGCUGGGCUUGUUGCUGUCUUAUAUAUUUUCGCUUUAGGAAGGCAUGCGCCGUUCAGGGCAUUACUAGAUCUCACUUACCGUACUCGAGCAUCACGCAACCGUGGGCCUCUUGGAUCGCACUUGUGGCGUUUUGUCUUUUUGGGUUGCUGAACGGAUUUUCGGUCUUCUUUCCAGGACAUUUUACGGCAUCUGGUUUUCUUACCUCGUAUAUUGGUAUCCCCGUGUUCAUCUUGAUAUAUUCUGGGCAUAGGAUCUGGGCUAGGCGAGACCCAUGGGUUAGACCACCUCAAUCCGUUGAUCUUAAAACAGGAUUAGCAGACGCAUUAACAGAUGAAGAACCCGGAGACGUUAGCGAAGAAGAAAAUGUUUCUUCCAAACAUGCAGAAAUGAGUCAACAAACUACAUCCACUAAACCAACGGAGGAGGAGCUGUGGAUUGAGGUCAUUAACCAGCCCGAAGAUAUUAUCGCAGGUUUCGAUUGUGCUGCAAAUACAUUCGGCAAACAAACCCGCGAUGCAGUUUGGAUAGCUACGAAUCCAGAAUGGGACCAGGACGGCCCUGAAGGCCGAACCCGUGCUGCUGCACGAAUGGUUGAUCGGUGGCGUCAAAUCACUUUCGACAAUGCUGGUAAUUCGAACACUAUCUACCUUAAGGCCACUCUUCCUGAAGGAAGUCAUCGAGUCGUGGUAGGAAUGGCCAUUUGGACACAAUUCUCCAUGGUAGAGGGCCGUGGUGUUCGGCCUUCAGACGACCCAAGUGAAUCUCUAGGUCUAGAAAAGCUCUAUCCGGACGAUGAAAGCGAGCAACGCUACCUGCGCCAAGUUUUCCGCUCAUUUAUGAAACGUCGCGGCGAAGUCAUCAGGGAAAAAGAGACAUCCCAACCGCCAUCGUUGUUGCAUCUCGAAUUAUGUGUUGUAGAUCCUGCUCACCAACGCAAAGGCAUUGCCUCGAAAUUAGUCCAAUGGGGACUCGAUGAAGCGCAGCGUCGUGGUGGUUUAGAGGCAACUACAGAGGCAUCUAGCAUGGGUCGCCAUGUAUACAAACGCCUAGGUUUUCAUGCUGAAGGACCGGAUAUCGAAUAUCAUGUUGAUAGCGAGUUUUUGCCGCGAGACAGGCCAUCUAACAUCUUUAUGCGUACAGGCACCAACCAAUAG